UAUCGUUAGCAAGCAAUAAAUAAGGGUUAUGUGGAUCGUCACAUAAAUCCUUUUUCAUUCUGUGCACUUCCUGUUUCUUCAGUCAUCUGAAGCUUAAGUUCCUGCACACCACAAGUUCUUUGUGAAGGGCCCAGGAGUGAUCAAAACAUGACCGAAUACCCCAUCUUAUGCUUCAUCCUGCUCAGUACACUGAUUGACAGGGGUGAAGCCUGUUUCUGUGACCACUACCCAUGGACUCAAUGGUCUAGCUGCUCAAAAACCUGCAAUUCUGGAAUUCAGAGCAGACAAAGGUGGUUUAAAGUUAAAUCUAUCUUGCACCCAAGUCAAUUUGGGGGACAACCAUGCACUGAGCCCCUGGUGACCUUUCAACCAUGCAUUCCAUCUAAGCUCUGCAGAAUUGAAGAGGCUGAUUGCAAGAAUAAAUUCCGCUGUGACAGUGGGCGCUGUAUUUCCAGCAAGUUAGAAUGCAAUGGAGAAAAUGAUUGUGGAGACAAUUCAGAUGAAAGGCAUUGUGGAAGAACAAAGGCAGUAUGCCCACGGAAGUACACCCCCAUUCCUAGCGUGCAGCUGAUGGGCACUGGGUUUCAUUUUCUAGCAGGUGAGCCCAGAGGAGAAGUCCUUGACAAUUCUUUCACUGGAGGAAUAUGUAAAACUGUCAAAAGUAGCAGAGCAAGUAAUCCAUACCGAGUUUCAGCCAAUCUGGAAAAUGUCAACUUUGAGGUACAAACUGUGGAAGAUGAUUUGGAAACAGAUUUCUACAAGGAUUUAAUUUCUCUUGGAAAGAACAAAAAUGACGUUUCUGGUUCGUCGAAUGCAAAGAAAAAUUCUUGGAGUGUGCCAUUGUUUUAUUCUUCAAAGAAAAGUGAAAGCUUGAAGCAUAACUCGGCCAUCAAAGAAGCCAUUCAGUCCUCCCACAAAAAGGAUUCUAGUUUUAUUAGGAUUCAUAAAGUGGUAAAAGUGUUAAACUUCACAAUGAAAGCAACGGAUCUGCAACUUUCCGAUGUCUUUCUGAAAGCUCUCAACCAACUGCCUUUAGAAUACAACUCUGCUUUGUACAGCCGAAUAUUCGAUGACUUCGGAACUCACUACUUCACCUCGGGCUCCCUGGGGGGCGUGUAUGACCUUCUCUACCAAUUCAGCCAUGAAGAGCUACAGAACUCAGGUUUAACAGAAGAAGAAACCAAAAAUUGUGUCCGGUAUGAAACAAAGAAACGUUUUCUUUUUUUUAAGAAAACAAAAGUGGAGCACCGGUGCACGACUAACAAGCUGUCUGAAAAAUAUGAAGGUUCCUUUUUGCAGGGGGCAGAGAAAUCCAUAUCCCUGGUCCAAGGUGGGAAGAGUGAGUAUGCAGCAGCUUUGGCAUGGGAGAAAGGGCGCUCUGGUCCAGGGGAGAAAGUCUUUUCAGAGUGGUUGGAAUCAGUGAAGGAAAAUCCUUCUGUGGUUGAUUUCGAGCUUGCCCCUAUCAUGGACUUGGUCAGAAACAUCCCCUGUGCAGUGACAAAACGGAACAACCUCAGGAAAGCAUUCCAAGAAUAUUCAGCCAAAUUUGACCCUUGCCAGUGUGCUCCAUGCCCGAAUAACGGCCUUCCCAUGCUAUCAGGGACGGAAUGCUUGUGUGUAUGCCGGAGUGGUACCUAUGGUAAGAACUGUGAGAGACGGUCUCCAGAUUACAAAUCUGAUGCAGUGGAUGGGAACUGGGGCUGCUGGUCUUCCUGGAGCACCUGCAAUGCUGCUCAUAGGAGAUCGCGAACCCGAGAGUGCAGUAACCCUGCCCACCAGCGAGGAGGGAGACUCUGUGAGGGGGAGGAGCGGCAAGAGGAGGACUGCACAUUUUCAAUAAUGGAAAACGUUGGACAGCCAUGUAUCAGUGAUGGUGAAGAAAUGAAAGAGGUAGAUCUUCCUGAGGAAGAAGCAGAUUCAGGGUGUCCUCCGCCAGUUCUUCCAGAAAAUGGGCUUAUCUGGAAUGAAAAGAAACUUUACUCGGUUGGGGAAGAAGUUGAAAUUUCAUGUCUUACUGGAUUCCAGCCUGUUGGAUACCAGUACUUCAGAUGCUUACCAGACAGGACCUGGUGGAAAGGGGAUGUGGAAUGCCAACAGACUGAAUGCCUCAAGCCAGUUGCGCAGGAAGGACUGACGCUCACGCCAUUUCAAAGAGUGUAUAAGAUUGGUGAAUCCAUUGAGCUGACAUGCCCCAAAGGCUUUGUUGUUGCUGGGCCAUCAAGGUAUACAUGCAGGAAAGACUCCUGGACACCUCCCAUUUCAAAUCCUCUGACGUGCAGAAAAGAUAUUCUGACAAAAUUAAAGGGCCUUUGUCAACCAGGACAAAAGCAAUCGGGCUCUGAAUGCAUUUGUAUGUCUCCAGAAGAAGACUGUAGCAGUUAUUCGGAAGACCUCUGUGUAUUUGAUGCGAGAUCAAAUCAGUGCUUUACUUCACCUGCUUGUAAAUUUUUGGCUGAAAAAUGUUUAAAUAACAACCGUCUCCAUUUUCUGCAUGUUGGCUCCUGCCAAGAGGGCCCACAGUUAGAAUGGGCUCUUGAGAGGAUAAAACUUGCAUCCAAUAGCACAAAGAAAGAAUCAUGUGGUUAUGACACUUGCUAUGACUGGGAAAAAUGUUCAGCCUCCACUUCCACGUGUGUCUGCCUGUUGCCCCCGCAGUGCUCAAAGGACGAAAACCAUCUCUACUGUGUCAAAAUGGGAUCAUCAACACGUGAGAAAACCGUAACCAUCUGCACUGUGGGAGCUGUGAGAUGUGCAAACAGGAAGGUAGAAAUACUGCACCCUGGGAGGUGUUUGGAUUAGCACAACUACUGAUCAAUGGAUUUGCUAUUCAACAGCAAUGCCUAUAAAAAUGGGGAGGGGGUACACAGGGCCAGGGAGUGUGGAAGAGGGUGAAUGAAAACAAAGUAUGAACACAUAUGUAUGAUAUGACAAUGCCAUUAUGAAAACCAUUACUCUGUAUAAACUAAAAAAUUAUUUUUUUAAAAUACGCAUUAUAUGAAGAGAAAACUGGAAUUGCCAGAGAUUACUGAAUGAAAUUCUUUUGUGUUGAUUUCUUACCAUUAACCUGCCACGAACUCUCCCAUUUUAUCAUCUCCUGUCUGAUUCAGCUCAUGUCACCCUAUGGCAUAUUUCUAGAUUAUAACUUCCAUGUUAUAUUUUGGAUGUCCUGGAGUGGCUCUAGGAUUAUGAUCUUAAAAUUCUAGUACUCUAGUGAGAUAACAUUGAAGUUAACUAAAGGGUCCCUUUUUAGACAAUCUUUAGUAAAGAUCACAACAGUUUAAAUAUA